GUUAUAUACGUCAUGGUCAUCGUGUCUUGUGCGUCAUGCUGAGAGCUGUAAUUUGGGAUUCACAGCAGAGCCGGGGGUGUAUGGUACUCGCAUACUUGUUUUUUUUUUUUUUUUUUUAGUAUAAAUAAUUCAAGGUAUUCUGUGUCAUGGUUAUGCAUUUAAUACUGUUUGGUUAAAUAUUUAUAUUAUAAAGGUUGUUUUCGUUUUAAAGAGUUAGGCAGUUGGGAAUGCGUUCCGUUUUAAAAUAGGUCUGCUACUCAUCACAGUAACAUUGUACUGCACUCUGCAUAUCAAGCAGCACUCGAUAUUGGCAUUUGAAAGCACACAGUGUACCAGAUGCGAUCAAACUGACACCAAUUCAAACUACCACCAAGUCUCUUUUUGGGUUUCAAAACCAGGAAGUCACAUUUCCGAAUUCUGUCUGACGCAAACGUGACCACGUUGCCAAGACAGCAACGCUGUUUGUUUACCAGACUUGAUGGAAAACAAGCCAUCUAUGCGCCACAAAACUUGUGUUUUCUACAGCUCCUUGUUCCGAGAGGCGCAGGAGUGGAAAGACAUGUAGAGGUAACUGAACGCUUCUAUUACUCGUGUUGAGUGGUGCUCAUGAAGUUAGACACCGCAUUCUAUAAAAACAAUGAGAUGGCUACCGCACCACCUAUGGAAAGAAUAUUUUCAAGAGGUAUUUUGUCUUUUGAUACCAGCAUAUCUACCGACAGAGCCAGACAAACGCAAAAUGCAUGUUACAAGGCCUAAAUCUGCCAAAGCUCGCAGCAGACCAAACCUGAACUACACCAAAACUGUGGACGCAGUUUCCUAUGAUAAUGUCCCAGUCAUGCCAAGACCACCAUCUUCUUCUUCAAGUGAACUGGGAGACAGUCCUUUUAGACCACAAUCUUCCCCAAGACCACUAAGCAUCAAGACCCAACAUAAAAACACAACACUUGUUCAGCAGUUUCCAGCGAGACCAUCCUCUUCCCUAAACAGAUACCGCGUUCUCCCCUCUAUCGAGAAAAGGGGUUCUGGAGAUACAGCCAUUGAACGCCUGGAAAAGCAGACUCGUGAACUAAGCAUGUCUUCUGCUCUGCUGCUAAAAAAGACAAGACCUUUUUACAAAGACCAGCCAACCUCAGGACGAGACACAAAUAAAGAAAAGAAACCGGGCAGCAAGUGUUACUCCCAGACAGAAAAGAGGGACCCUGGACUGCCACACAUCUCUAGCCUUCAGACUCCUUCAGACGAACAGCCAAGCCUGCUUCUGGCAGUGAGAUCUCCCUCAGGUGAAAGAUUUGAAAAAGCUUUCUGCUCGUCAGACACUCUUCAGACGGUGCUGGCUGCUGCCGAGGCCAGGUACAACACUACCUACACAAACGGGAUCGUAGAGACCAUGGAGGUGCCCCGAAGAAGCUUCCCUGAUUCGUCCCAUACCCUGGAGCAGUGUGGGAUUCAAAACAAGUCUGUGCUUUGUAUCCUGGAUGAGUCUGACUAUCAGCUGUAUUAUCUGUAGUGUCUGGAUUCGAUCAUCAACACAAAGAGGCAGGCAUGGCUGUACACUCUUAAUUGUGUAACAUAAACAAACUUACCUUAGAACAAUUCCUACAAUACCCUUUAAUAGAUUAUCAAUAUGGAAUAUCAAUAUUAAAUGGUUUCACAGAACUUGAUUAGCACAGACUCCCUAAUGUUACCUUAGGUAAAAUAGUCCAAGAUUAGUGCUGGACAGGGUCUGAUAACGCAGGUGUGUAUGUUAAUUGUAACAUGUAUAGCUGGCUUCAUAAUCUGCUCUAUCCAGUGUUACUGUAGGUAAGGUAGUCCCAGAGCAGUGCUAAUCAGGGUGUGUGAAAGCAGCUGGUAAAAACAGAUCUUUCCUGUGCAACAUGUAAUGCAGGUGAAGCCUUGUUACCCUUAACACAGCAAGGAGCUGGCUGCUGUCACCUGAUAGGGAAACACAGCAGCCAUGCACUUGAAUUGUGUUAAUAGCAAUGAGCGACAAAAUGCUUUUCAAAAACAUUGUUUUUUUAUGAACAGGUUUUGUUUACAAUGUCAAUAUAUUGUGUCAAACACAGGCCGAAGAACAAUGAUUCAUGUUUUAUUCUGUUUUUACUAGAUAAAAACUUGCUAUUAAGAAAUGAAAAGCAUCUCUUUGUUGUUAUAGAAUUAGGCCUACAUCAUAGUUAGGCUUCCCUGAUAAAACCUAUUUAGCUGUAAUGCAGUGUUAGUUAUUGGGACUUGGUGCUUGUGUCCAAAAAUACAUAAAUCCAUAAUUUAAUCACAUGUUAAAUAAACAAUUAAAACCUGAUUUAAUCCAAAGUAACAGUUUAAAAUACACUGUUUAAAAGCAGAACAAUACCAUUGUCAUACACACGUGGUUAGAAAACCCAUUUAUCUACUGUAUUAUCAGGAUAUUAUAGUCUAUAUUUGUGCAGGUUUUGCUAAAAUCAAAAGAAAAUGAGAUCUGGGUAGCUUUGCAAAAUUGAAUUUAAAAAAUGAAGUAGGAAUAUGAUCAAUCAUAAAAGAUAAUUGUGUUCUAUACCGUCUUUAUUAUUAGCAAAAAAACAAAAGCUUAAUCCAGAAUUCUAUAUGGGUCAUUUAUCCAUUUAAAAUCAGCUAAAUUAGAUGGCACUCAAUAACUAAGUGAAAUGUAGCCUGAAGUUUCAUUAGACAAUUCACGAAUCGGUGUUCAGACUAAAUGGUGUUGUGUUUGUUGUCUUAAUUAAACAUGGUGAACGUUAUGUGUCUUGGUUUCAUUUUAGUGAUUUAACUGUUGCACGGCAGGAUAUACCUUGACUGGAAUUGAAGGGGUUUAAACAUGAGGUUGUAGGUUAUUUACAGCGUUUUGUAAAGGAGUCUUUAAAUUCAGGUAAGUAAAUGCUUGCAAUGAACUCUGGUCAUAGGAAAUAAUUCCCGAUACAAUCUCUAUAUUUUCUUAAGAAAAUGUCAUUGCAUUGUCUCUGUGUUUAAUUACCACAUGUCCCUCACUCUCUCUGGUGUCUGCAAUCAUUCUAAUUGGUUCAGGGUUCUAUUGUUCCAAUAACAAGGUAUUAUCAUGCACCUUAUACAGGGCGAUUCAUAAUUCGCACAACAUUGUCCGAGCAUUGGAAAAACUGAAGGGUACGUGGAGGAUGACAUGCAAAAGAAACAUGUCUGUUACAGACACGCUCUGUAACACACCAUAUGGCCACCAGAGGGCUGUUAAAAAAUGUCACCAUUCAAGUAGAACUGAAAUCAAUGCAAAACAACGUUGUGCAAAUUCUUAAUCACCCUGAAUAUAGGCUCAGUUUCAAAAUUUUUCUCAUGACUCAUUAAAAAAAUAAAAUAAAAAAUCCAUGCAAACGAAUAACACUCUCUCGCUAGAGUUUUAAUAACAUAAAAAAUACAGGGUAAUAGGGGAUGAUAGCUAUAACCUCCUUGAUUGAAAAUAUAUUGAUUGUUUUGAUGAUGAUAAUAAUGAUAAUAAUAAUAAUAAUAACAAUAAUAAUAAUAAUAGGCUUAGUGCUGAGAAAGUUUGGGAUUUUAAUCAAAUUUAUAGGGUAGGAAGGGGAUGGCCCAAAGAUGGUGCUUUUACUGGUAAUACAAACAUAUUAUAUUUGGUCUUAAACACUGCAUUUAUAGCGAAUUUCUGUAAAUGUAAAAUGGUGAAACGUCAGGCUACUCUCAGAUCUCUAGUUCUGUGGGAGUCUUAAAGAACGCAAGCUCUCAAGAGUUCAAACUUUUUGGCCUAAAUGCAAAGCAUUAUGUUUGGCGCAAACCCAACACAGCGCAUCACCCAAAG